CUGGCUGCCGGGCUGCCGCGGGGAAGCAUUUGAGAGUGGGACCGCGAGAAGCGGCUUGUAAACAGAGCCGGGCCGGGAUGGUCGGCGGCUGGGGCGGAGCGGCUGGCGGUGAGCAAGGCGGGCUGCCUGGGUCGGGGCCCUGCCGGGAGUCGGCUGCAGGCCGCGGGGGCGACCAGACCCAAGCCUCGGAUAUGAAAGAUUGGUGCCGCACCGCUUUGAUGACUACUGCCCUGCUGUCUCAUGAAUAAGCCUCUAGAUGGCCAGGUGAAGGUCACGGCCACUUGUUUCCUCAGCUGCACCGAUGAACCAUUGCUCUCUGUUGGCUGAAUGUUCGUGACACCCUUUCCUGAAGCAGUUUAGGAGACUUAGACCUCUUGGACCCUGGGUCAUGGAAGCUUUGGAAGUGGAUGACAUCAGCCCUGCCUUGGAGGUGACCGAGGACUUCUUUAGUACUUUCGAUAGUAAGCUGGAAAAGGCUGUGCAGCAAGCAGAAGUUUAUGGGAUUCAGGAAGUCCCUGAACUGGUGGGGCAUGAGGUACUCAGUAGCAUAACAGACAAUGGUGCUUUGAGAAAUGUUGCCUCCCUAGGCAAGGGGACCAUGAUUUGGGACCACUGUAAGAGCAGGCUCCUAGAAACCAAAGGUCAAAAUGUCUUCCCUGCCAAAGAACAGCUUAUGGUCCAGAGAGGGACAGCCCCAGAUAACCUUUCCUGGAUGGAACAAAAAGAAGCAUCAACCUUCAACUUUUUCAACAUCUGCCAGCGUCGGAGGGACAGACCUCGCUCUGUGAAUGACUUAUUAGAUGAGACCACGACUUUCAAGCCAGGACAUGCUCGGUCCAGGUCUGACGUCACCCAUGUAGUCCUUAGCACCAUGCCUUUGCAGCAGCAGCAGCAGCAGCUGUCCCUUCAAGGCCCUCACUUUGCCAGGCCAUCCUUUCUGUUGCAUUCACCCAGUAAGAUUGAAGAUGCUCAAGGAAAUACAGAACACAAGCAGACAUUCCCAAACAUCCUGAAGAAGGGUUAUCUGGAGAUCAGGAAGAACCAUGACAGUUACUGGCAAAGCUGCUACGCUGAACUCUCACCCUAUGGCCUGCACUUGUACAGCCUUGACAGCAGUGGGAAUCAGAGCCUGCAUGCCACGUACCAGCUCUCACACUUCCAGAGCGUUUCCGUUCUAGGCAAUCUCGAGGCCAGGGUGGUGGACACUGUUCUCUAUGACAAUUCUCAGCUGCAGCUAAAGGCAGAGUCCCCGUGGGAGGCCCUGGACUGGGGGCAGAAGCUCUGGGAAGUUGUGCAUGCUGCUCUGCCCAGUUACAUGGGCCGGCAGGAUGAUCUGGCAAACUCACCAGGACUUGGUCAUCAUGUUGACUGUACACAGAACCACUGUUUACAGAAGAAAUCCAGUGGGCUGCUGUCCUCCCCUGUCUUGGAUAGCCCCAAACAGUACCAAAACAUCCUCAAAUCAGGGACACUCUACAGAUUGACUGUCCAAAAUAACUGGAAGGCAUUUACAUUUGUGCUGAGCAAGGCCUAUCUUAUGGCCUUCCACCCUGGCAAGCUAGAUGAGGAUCCCUUGUUGAGCUACAAUGUGGAUGUAUGUCUGGCUGUGCAGAUAGACAACCUGGAUGGUUGUGACUCUUGCUUUCAAGUCAUUUUCCCCCAAGAUGUCCUUCGCCUCCGGGCUGAGACCCGACAGAGGGCACAGGAAUGGAUGGAGGCUCUGAAGACAGCGGCCAACGCGGCAAGGAGUUCUGAGCAAAACCUGCAAGUAACGCUGAGGAACAAAGCCAAGGAUCAGAUAGGUGGCCAUGAGCAGCGGAAGAACAAACGCCAGUCCGUGACCACCAGCUUCCUGAGCAUCCUGACAACUCUGUCUUUGGAGCGAGGACUCACGGCUCAGAGUUUCAAAUGUGCAGGAUGCCAGCGAUCUAUCGGUCUUUCUAAUGGCAAGGCCAAGGUGUGCAAUUACAGCGGGUGGUACUACUGCGGCAGCUGCCACGUGGAUGACAGCUUCCUCAUCCCAGCACGAGUAGUUCACAACUGGGACACUUCAAAGUAUAAGGUGUCCAAGCAGGCCAAGGAGUUUCUGGAGUAUGUGUAUGAAGAGCCGCUGAUCGACAUCCAGCAGGAGAAUCCCAUGCUGUACCUCCACGCAGAGCCGCUGGCCACGGUGGUGCGGCUGCGGCAACAGCUGAAAUCACUCCGAGCAUAUUUGUUCAGUUGCAGGGCCGCAGUGGCGGAGGAUCUGCGGCGCAGAAUUUUCCCCAGAGAAUACCUCCUUCAACACAUCCACCUGUAUUCUCUUGCUGACCUGCAGCAGGUGAUAGAGGGAAAGCUGGCACCGUUCUUGGGCAAGGUCAUUAAAUUCGCCACCUCUCAUGUCUACAGCUGCAGUCUUUGUAGCCAGAAAGGGUUCAUCUGCGAGAUCUGUAACAAUGGCGAGAUCCUCUAUCCGUUUGAGGACAUUUCGACAAGCAGGUGUGAAAGCUGUGGCGCUGUCUUCCAUUCCGAGUGCAAAGAGAAGUCAGUCCCCUGCCCACGGUGUGUCCGCCGGGAGCUGCAGAAGAAGCAGAAGUCCUUCUGGCGGCAGCUGAAUGUGGACGAGAGCCUGGAGGAGGCAUGCACCAUGUUCGAGCUGUCCUACCAGAACACCUGACUGCAGGCUGGGCUGCACGCACCACAGCCGCCCAAGGGCCACUUGUGCCCAUACAGAUGAGGCUCUUUUUCCUUCAGCUAGAUGUAGAUAUAUAAGUUAUUUAUUUAUAUUAUAUACACACCUAUACGUCCUGUACGUAUGCUUUGUGUAACCCAUUGUCUAGAAGUCCACAGAGACCCUGUGGCUGAACUCGUACCAGAUAGCUGAGUUACACUUAGCCAUGAAAUUCAGCUGCUUGCCCCAGCAACUGUGGUUCUCACACUGCUCCAGGGCAGGUCUGCUGCACAGGCAUCAGAGGAAGCUUGUCCACAGCACAGCUUUGGGUUGUUACUGAAUUUUAGCCUUUGCUGGGGAAACUGUCAUCUGCUUCGCAAGGAAAUCUCCGAAACACAAGAAUACUUCUCAAUCCUCCUCCCAAGGCUCCAGAGUCCUUGGCAGAGAUGGGAGCGCUGAAGCAGAGCCAUGAAGCAGAAACCCAAAGGGUCCCUCCCUCCAGCAGAAAGUUUGAGGAGUAGAGCCACCCUGGGCUUGAAGCUAAUCCCUGCAAAUGACGACACAGACCUCAGCGGCCAGUCACUGCAUGUCCCCAGCUGCUUGCUGCUACGAAAGGAUCUCAGCGGCCAGUCACUGCACGUCCCCAGCUGCUUGCUGCUACGAAAGGACCUCAGUGGCCAGUCACCGCACGUCCCCAGCUGCUUGCUGGUAUGAAGCCCAGCAACUGCCUGAUGAUAGCUGCAGAGAGUGCACGGGCAUCCUAAGAACAGAUCUCCAAGCAUGGCAUGGAGGGCGUUUGUUAUUUUUUCAUAGUGCUGGCCAAGAAGAAAUAUCCCAGGAUUGUCCUGAAGCAUCUCAGUGUAUAGACUGCUGUAGCAUAUGCCACGUGCACCUUGGGGACCUGAUGUUUCCUUUCCUGGAGUCCACCAUAGGCAGUGCCCACCUGACAUUCAAUGUUUUAUUGCUCAUUGUCCGUCACAGCACUUUUGACCCACAUCAGUCCAUGUAGUGACUCUUGCUUUCGUAUUCUGGGUGUUUUGUUUGUUUGGGAUGGGGGCAUAUUUUAAGACAGGGUCUUGCUAUCUAUAUCCCUGGGCUGGUCUCAAACUUGUGAUCCUGCUGCCUCAUCCUCCCAGUACUGGGAUUGCAGGUGUGUACCUCUGUACCUGCUCUGAUUUACUUGUUUUUAAUUAUUUUAAAAAUUAUACAAUUAUUAAAGAAUAACUUGAAAAAUACCAACCUAAAUUAUUAAGAAAAUACCAAACAUAAAUAGAAUUCAUGAAUUUAAUAGUAUUAAAAUAAGUAGAUUUAUACAUACAUACAUACAUAUAUAUAUAAUUGCCACCUUACAGUAACACAAGUAAAUAUUAUAAGAAUGCUCUUUGGAGCAGACCCCUUGGUAGCCCUUUGUGAGAGCCUAUGUAGUUGUCACUGUGACCAAGAUGGCUGGUAGGAUGGCACUGGGAACCCACGGCCAGCAUUCCUGCUGCCUUAACACAAGGACGUAAUUGGUUAGUGUGUCUUUCGUGUUGAACUGAUGCUGUUAUUCAGAUCUAGGGGACACUGGCUCACAAAGCAUGUGUCCAUUGCAUCUCCAUGCUGCUCCCUGCAGGCAGCAGCUCUUUGAUGUGCACUGGGGACAGCUGGCCGAUUUGUGCGGCUAAGGGUGAGCGGCUCGCCUCAGCCCACACCGUUACCUCUGACCCAGACCACAACGUUCACGCUACACAUGCGUUUAUUUCCUGGCUACCUGGAAGCUAUAACCAAGGCCUGAGACUUGGUAAAAGACCAGGGCCCUAUUUACCAGACACCUCCGGUAAGUAGGUACCUUUUUUAAACUCUGGGAAAGGUUGACACCCCUCAGACAGAGUGGUAGAGACUGUUGCACACGGAAAGACAAGGGCAGGAAGUCUGCAACACUUGGCAAAUAGGCAAACAAAUUUGAGUCUCCCUUCUUCCUCCCCUUUGUGAAAUACAGUAUUUAUAUUUUCCAGCCUCGGAGAAGAGAGCAGAGCAUGCUCUUCCACAGGAGAGUUAUAGACCUGCUUAUUCUGAAACAGAUGUGCUCCCGCAGCGCAGCGCCUUCUCUCUCCACCCCCAAAUCCCUGUCACUGCAGCUUAGUCUUUGGCCUUGCUGUAAUUAAUGUAUCUGUGAUUCCAACUGAGCAUGGAGGCCUGAAGAACACAGCCGCCCCUCCCCACACACACACACACACACACACACACACACACACGCACACACACACACACACACACACACGUUUGCCCUGUGUCAGAACUCACAGGUGCUCAAGGUCAGACCUCCAAGUCAAGGGUGAAAUCUGAAUCCCUGCUCAAGACACCUGAGUUGUCCCCGCUGUCCUUAGCAGGCCCUGCUGUGUGAGCCGACCUUGGGAGCACCUAAGUACUUACCCUGGACAUUGCUUUUUGCUCCAUUUUUUAGGUUUUUCGAGAUAGGGUUUCUCCGUAGCUUUUGGUUCCUGUCCUGGAACUAGCUCUUGUAGAUCAGGCUGGCCUCGAACUCACAAGAUCAGCCUGCCUCUGCCUCCCGAGUGCUGGGAUUAAAGGCCUGCGCCACCACCGCCCAGCCUUGCUCCCUCUUUUGAAGGGGAAAAAGAUAAACAAUUGUCAUCAGCCAUCUAGAACUAAGCCACGUCCCUACCACUUCUGUUUUAUCUCUGGCGUACAUCCCUGAUAGCCUAGUGCAUGCCAGCCCUAACAACCAUCUCUGCCACCACCACCAAAAUCUGAUAGGACACAGUGGAGCCAGCUUAGGAGUUGGGUCUACCAUGAAAAUUCAAAAUUGCUAUUUUCAGCCCUGAAUGCCAUAGAGUGCAUGAAGGCCCUUACUGAUUUCAGGCCUAACAAAUUACUUGGUGCAGUGUUAGGUAAUUGUUCUCCUGCUUAGAAACCACCGAAAGAAAAGCGAGCCUGUGGAGUCCCACCUCCUUCUCUCAUCUAGGUAAAUAUCAUACAAGCAAAGCACAAUGGAAAAUGGCCCAUUAAUCUCCCGGAGCUGGCAGUGGAGUCCGGGGAACUGGUGUAGCACAAGAAUUCCCUCCUGCUCAUGCCAGAAACUCGUGUGACACCAUCCAGCCUGGGGAAAGUGUUGGCACCCAACCCCACCGUCAAGAAGCCAGUUCCCAAAAUAGACCUGUGUUUGCACUGCAGCAGGAAGGCCAGAGAGCUCCAGAGGCGGUCAAUCGCGAUGGCAGUGGAGUUCUUCCCAGGGCUGCCUGUUCCCAAAGUUGAAAGCAGCUUCAGUGAAAACCUUGUAAACUCUGCUUCCCCUGAACUUUCUGUGCUGAAUAAGGACCGUCUUUUGGGAGUCUUCACAUUUGACGAGCUGAGAGGUAACCACUUCUUCUAUCAUCGGCCUCUACCAAAACAGAGAAUGUGACUGCAGUGCAGGUCCUGGUCCAGUCCUGAGAUAGCCAGUGUUGUGAUGCCCCUCAGCUGCCCCUAAACAGGUUUCUCUGUCACGCUGUGGCUAGGUUGCAGUGCACCCUCCGGUGAGGUCUGGCCUCUGUCGCUGCUUGUCAUGGGUGCACACUGAAUGUGAGCACCCGUGGGUUUCUUUCUGCACCUCCUUAAGGAGACUCGGCUUCCAGCCCAGCCUGCUUAUUCUCUAUCCGUGGACCAGAACCACCAGACACAAGCUACCUAUCGGAGCAGGAUCACAGCGAUGCCAUACAUCCCGAGCACCAACUACAAGGACCGCUGCCACCAAGGAAGCAGAGACACAUUCUGCUGCUCAUUCCAGGGAGAGCCCCGCCAUUCUGACCCUGCAGAUUAGCCCUCUCUGUCACCUCCCAGGCUUUGUUGAAAUCGCUAGAUUAAGAACUAAUCUUUGAUCCUUUGUUGGAAUACUGCCUGGUUCCAACACAGACUUUAUUUUAUUUUGUUUUAUUUUGUUUUUUUUUUUCUUGUGGAGAGCUGUGCAGUUUUAUUUGGGGAGUUUUCUACACUACUUUUCACCUUCCAAAAUAACAUGGAGAAGUCGGGAAUUUCAGACGACAGGGAAUGGCUGGCACUUUCCUCCUUGGCAUGGCUGGAGCCGCUGACCUUUCUCCUUAUCCUCUCCUUGGCCCCGACUUGUUGAUGGUGGGCAUUAGGAGUCUGGGCCGCCUCUCUGCACCUUCCCACUUGCCUGACCCCAGGUUACUAUAGUUGACAUGAAGAACCCCCUCGGCAAACCUAACCCAUGCUGGUCUCUGUCACGGGGACAGGGUCUUGACAGCUAGGACUCAGCACCCAGCAGUCUCUUCCUAGAGAUUGUUGUGUCCUUUCUUUGGAUUCCAAGUUCUGACUCAAGAAUUUCUUCCUGGUAUGUUUGAAUGGGUGCAGGGCUGAAAUAAAAAUUCCACAGCACUGUAAAACUCGGUAAAAAAAAAUCAAAGGAAAGCAUGGAAUAUCUCCUAGCCUGACCACACCUGUCGGAGCUUGAUGGAGCCCUGGCUUCGCAGAGUCGGCCCUGGUGUGCUAGGGAGCUCUGGCGAGUGGGACACAGGCCACUCUGCUGGAUCCGUCUCGGAGGGAAGAGGCCACUGACUGCUCAUCUUUUUAGGAAGCCCCUUAGUGAAGCCAGCUGAAUAAGACACCUACCGCAGCUUUUCCACCGUUGGGUCCCUCUAGCUGGCCAUGGAAGCUGCAGACCUGCCCCGUCUUCUCUCUUGACUCCCUUUUCCCUUCAUCCUCAUCCCUGGUCCAGAUUUGGGCCUCUUGAACUGGCUCUUCCUUCCCACUGUCUCUUUCCCUGUAGGAGUGCCUUAUAGUCUAGUAUAGUCUGACCCACUUGAAGCCUGCAGGACCCUUCAGCUAACCGUGGAUCUCCUCACUCUUCCUGCCGGCCGCUCUUCAGUACACAGUGUACUGGAGCCUAAUGAUUCCAUGAUCACAUCGGACCUUCCCCCUUUGCUUAACCUGGUGCCUUAACUUCACAAGUAAAGGGAUUCACAUUGUAAACACAUUAUUGGAGUGGAACAUCGGUUUCUUCCGUGCCAUUGGCUCCUUUACCAGGAAAUACAAAAGACAAAAUACAAUGUUUUGGCCUUGUUUUAUGUUUCUUAGCCACUCUCUGUUUGCUUGCUUUCAUUAACCAAACUCAGGGGAAUGUCAUGUCACCAAGGUCAAUGAGGGAAGAAACUAUCUACCCAGAACUGAAUAUGUGAAGUCUAUGAACUUGUCCUUAUGAAGUUCAAAAGUGACACCAACACAAAGGUUGUUUCCCUUUAUGAAGAUUUUCCCUUUUUUGCCACCUGUGCCCCAUAUGAGAAGGGGGAAGCCUCUAAGAUGCAUGUUGAUGAUGGUGUCCCUGUGUGCAACCUGGGUAACCUGCUGAGCCACCAAAGCAGGCUUUGCUGAUGGAGUGUUCUGCCCUUGGUCGCCUGUCAGGCUCUCAUUGUAAACAGUUACUCUCUGUCUCUGGGGAAUGGUAAAAGGAGGAGAAUGCCAAGAUUGCAGGUGGAAGACGAGAGGGUGGUGAUGCAGACAGUUUCCGGACAGCUUGUUCUCGGGCUCCCGCGUCAGAUCCGUGUCAUUGCCCCUUAGUUCUGCUCAUGUGGUACGGAAUCAAUUAGGACUUUGCAUUUGAGCUGUUCCAUCCCUCUGUGUAGUGGUUUGCCAUAGCUGAUGUGCUGAUUCGUGUGUUCUUUGUUGUCUGUAUUUUAUCGCUUUUUGUUUUGGGUUAAUUUAUCCACAUUUUUGUUUACAUUAUUAUCUUUUAAGAUAGUUACUGUAAUAGUAUAAAACGGAGGCUGCGCUCUUGACAGAGCAUCUCUUUUUACCCGUUCCAAAUUGUAUAAAGUUCUCUCUCUUUCUCUCUCUCUUUCUCUCUCUCUCUCAAUAAACAACAAUAAAAGUACUUUCUGUAAUGAUA